CGCCUAUAAAUAACCCCCUCUUUAUUACCGACCUUCCAUUAUUUCCCCUGUCCAACACAAAACCGCAACACUUGAAAACAAAAACAGAACAGAAAACUCUACAAUGGGAGAUGCGUAUUGUUCGGAUUGCAAGAAGCAAACGGAGGUGGUAUGUGACCAUGCAGCAGGGGACACAGUGUGCUCAGAGUGUGGAUUAGUAUUAGAAUCCCAUUCAAUUGACGAGACAUCAGAGUGGCGAACAUUUGCAAAUGAAUCGGGUGACAAUGACCCUGUUCGUGUGGGUGGACCCUCUAAUCCAUUGCUAGCUGAUGGAGGUCUCUCCACUGUUAUUGCUAAACCUAAUGGCGGGUCUGGAGAUUUCUUGUCUUCUUCUUUAGGGAGGUGGCAGAAUAGAGGCUCGAACCCUGAUCGCGGUUUGAUUAUGGCUUUUAAAACCAUUGCUACCAUGUCUGAUAGGUUGGGGCUUGUUGCAACAAUCAAGGACCGGGCCAAUGAGAUUUAUAAAAGGGUGGAAGAUCAGAAGUCUAGUAGAGGAAGAAAUCAGGAUGCCUUAUUGGCUGCUUGCCUCUACAUUGCUUGUCGACAAGAAGACAAGCCACGUACAGUAAAGGAAAUUUGCUCCGUCGCCAACGGAGCCACAAAGAAGGAAAUUGGCCGAGCAAAAGAAUAUAUAGUAAAACAACUGGGGUUGGAGACAGGUCAGUCAGUGGAGAUGGGAACAAUACAUGCUGGGGACUUCAUGAGGCGUUUCUGUUCAAAUCUUGGGAUGAAUAAUCAAGCAAUGAAAGCUGCCCAAGAAUCUGUGCAGAAGUCGGAAGAGUUUGACAUAAGGAGGAGUCCCAUAUCAAUUGCGGCAGCAGUCAUAUAUAUUAUAAGUCAGCUUUCAGAUGACAAGAAGCUUCUUCGAGAUAUUUCACAGGCAACUGGAGUUGCCGAGGGGACAAUCCGAAACUCCUACAAAGAUCUGUAUCCCCACAUUUCAAAGAUAAUACCAGGCUGGUAUGCCAAAGAAGAGGAUCUCAAAAAUCUUUGCAGUCCUUGAAUUUAUGUAGCAGAUAAUAAUGGAAAUAAUCUACACUUUUUAAUUUCUUUGGAGCAUUCAAUCUUUGAUCUAUUGUAUUAUAAGGCUUUUUGUUCUCAUUUUCUUCAAA